GUUAUCGGCGCGGUCACGCUGAACACAUGGCGGAUGAAAACAAACCUGUGGAAAAUUGAUACAAAUUUUUAAUGCUCCCCGAAUUGAAACGCCUGGGACUGUUUGUGGGCGGUAGGUUCCUACAGAUACAGAGUAGGCGUGUGACAAUUGAAAGUAAAAAAAUGAGCACAACCCCAAGUUUGGGCGAUGUCGAGACGGAUCUCGUUUGGAUGGAUCUCGAGAUGACCGGCCUCAACGUUGAUACGGACAAAAUACUGGAGGUGUCGUGCAUCAUUACCGACAAGGACCUGAACAUCAAGUCCGAGGGACCCUGCUUUGCCAUCAACUACCCAGACGAGGAUGUCUACAAAAAUAUGAACGAGUGGUGCAUUAAGCACCACAACGAGUCUGGCCUGAUCGACCGGUGCCGCAGCUCUGAUGUAACGCCCGACAAGGCAGUGGAUCUGGUGAUGUCCUACCUGCAGAAAAACAUCCCCAAGGGCAAGUGUCCUCUGGCCGGCAACUCUGUCUAUAUGGAUAGGUUGUUUCUCCGAAAAUACAUGGCACCGGUCAACGAAUAUCUACACUAUAGAAUCGUGGAUGUUUCCACCAUCAAGGAGCUGGCCAAGAGAUGGUAUCCGGAUGUGGAAAAAGCUGCACCGCGCAAGGUAUUUGCUCACCGCAGCCUCGAGGAUAUCAUGGAGAGCAUACAAGAGUUAAAAUACUAUAAGGAGCAUUUGUUUAAGUAGAACGAGAAGGAACGUAUUCAGUGUUAAGUGUAAAAAACAAAAUCGUUUAAUGGCUUGUGCGGAUAUGCAAGCAAAACCAAAACUCUAUUAUAAGACAUAAAAAUACGAUUGCAAUAAAAAACUCAAUUUCCUAGUA